AUGUCUUCCCUUAUCAACAGCAUCAUCAACACUAAAUCUAAUAUGAAUAACAACAACAAAUACAACAACAACAACGUUAACAAUAAAAACAAUACCAACAACAAUACCAAUAGCAUCAUUGACAGCAACAAUGCUAAUAAUCAUUCCGAGAAGAAUAAUAUUAAAAACAACGACAACAACAACCACAUUGACAACAACCACGCUGAUAAAAAUGCUUCAGUGUAUAGUAAAGAUAUUUCGAAUGCCAUCAAAAUUGCAUCUGACACCAUAAACAACAACAUCAACAACAACAACAACCACAUAAUUAAAAACCACAGCAACAACAAGAACAGCGUGGACGACAACUACACCGGCUACCCAUCAAACUCCCUACAAAGAAUGAACCUUGACAUCCAGGGCAAGCUGGACAUGGCAUUGAUGGAGUUUCGGGAGAUGAGGAAGCAAAGGGAUGAUGCUCUCGUCACGGUCAAGAAUUUGCAGAGAGAAAGAUCUCUGAACGGAUGGAAUAGUAUAAUGAAGGGUGCAGUUAGUGAGAACGGACAUGCCCUUGAUGACGAUGAUCAUGAUGACCGAGAUGAUGACCGCGACGAAAACAACGCCAGCAAUUAUAAUUCAGAUGGAAUGUUUGGAUUGAGGAUAAAAAAAGACCAGACACCCUCUCUUCUAGCUUAUCAUCAUCUCCAUCCAAAUAAUCCUACUCUCUCUGAUUUCUCUCCACAUCUCUCUACAUCCCCUUCUUCUCAUCAUCUUGUCAUCUCCCACGUGGAAAAAAAUGGUCCAGCUGAUGGAAAGAUUAUGGUAGGUGACGGAUUAGUGAGAAUAAACAGCACGCCAGCGGGUGAAAUGGACGGAACUAGAGCUCAAUCUCUCUUGAUGCAAGCAGGAGCCUCUGUAAACCUGACUAUCAGUCGUCUGGUUCCUCUUCCCGCCAAAAAAACGCCCGACAACCCGUUUAGGAUCAGCUUGCUAAAGAAGAAUAAAAAUGACGACAUUGGCCUGACAUUGGGUUGCAAGUUCUUCGUAAAAGAAAUCAGGCCGGCAAGUUUGGCACAAAAAGAUGGAAACGUACGAGUCGGUGAUGAAGUUUUGAAGAUCCAGAACACACCAGUUGAAGGUCUGUCUCUGCUGGAAGCCACCAAAAUGAUGGAGAAGUGCAAGGAGAAGAUGAACAUCACCAUCAACAAACCACCAACCAAGAUCUUUAGAGUUAACAAAGAAAUGAAAAUAAUUGAGAGACCACGGAUCGCUUCAGAAAAUGUCAACCCAUGCUUCUCUCCCUUACCAUCUUUGGAGUUACUCUCACCUAUGCAGCAACAGCCGCAACUUCAACGACCGCAACAACGACCACCACAUCAGCCGUAUAAACAACAACAACCACAACAAAAUCUUCCUAACAUUGUUAACAUCACAAGUGAACCUAGGGAGGUGUGCAUAAGCAGGUUGCCGCCAGAUCUUGGUGGAGGUCUUGGUCUGAAAAUCAUGGGCGGCAACAUAACUGGGAUUUUUAUUUCAAAGGUCACCCCGGACUCAUCGGCCCACAAAUUGGGGGUCUUUGAAGGGGACAUGGUGGAUGGUGUGGAAAUGUUUGGCAAGACGAAGGAGGAGUCUGUCUUGACGUUGCUGGGCGUUUCACAGCAGGCGGCACUGCUACUCCAGCACUCGAAGACUGAUUACGAGAGGAUGUUGUUUGAGACGGGUGGCACUGGAACGGGGGACUUGUUCUACAUAAGGACAAAUUUCGAGCACGUGACGUCAGAGGCCAACGAGUUGAACUUCCACAGGGGUGAACUUUUCCAGGUCACGGACACCCUCCACAUGGGCAUCAUAGGGUCAUGGAAGGUCAACAGAAUUUCUAAAAAUAACUUAAUUACGUCAGAUGUCACCAAAGAUGAUAAAAAUAGUAAUGAAUUAGUUAAAAAUAAAAAUGCUAAUGAUUUGAUGAGUGCUGAAAUGAAGGCUGAACAAAUUUCACUGUCAAAGUCCGUAAGUUCGAACGACAUUUUGAAGAGGAUCGAGAAUGCUGCCACUUUGUUUAGGAAGAAAUCAAAACCUGGAAUCUUUUCCAGUAUGAGCUACAAAAGGCCAGUGGUCGUCUACGGCCCGCUAUCAAACCUGGUCAGUAGAGAGUAUGACGUCAGUGGUGGUGGUGAUGAUGAUGACGAUAAAAAUGAUGGGGAGAACAAAGGAAUGAAAAAAAAGUACAUAAAACUAAAGCAACUGUACGCUUGUAUAAAGAAGGAAAAACACGCUCUAAUAAGCAACCUUGACAUUCACUCAAUGGAUCGCCUGCUACGUUCGGACAUCAUCCCCAUCGUUGUCUACAUCAAGUUCGACAGCAAGCAGUCUGUCAAAGAGGUUAUGUCACUGUUGCAAGAGAAGCCGCCACCUUCAAACACGUUACUUUCAUCGUCGUCGUCGUCGGCGUUUUUGUCGCUGGCUUCGUCGUGGGGAUUGCUGCCGAACAAGCCCUACAAGAAAAUGUACGAUCAGUUUGUAGAGUUUGAAGUAGACGAUGAAUUCACAACCAACAACUACACCACUAAUUUAAAUGAUGACCUGAUUUACAAAUUGGGUCAAAAAAUCGCCCAUUUACAACGCAGUAAAACUUGGGUGAACGAAAAAAAGGUAAAGCUGGAGGGCAGUAGCAAGCUCUACCCAUCAACAGCUCCAAUGUGGAAAACAAAUGGAGAAGCGGUGGCCGAUGCAGUAACAUCACCAUUGUAUUUAACAACGACAACGGCAGCAACAGCAGCAACGUUGACAAACGUGAACGCCUCUUCAACAACAUUGUCCAGGUCGUCAUCGGAUCCCAACAUUCUCAAGUCCUCUCAAAUCAUUCGAUAUCUUCCUAGCUACUCCGCCAUCCUGAACGAGAAAAACAGUCGAAACAACAUCCUGGCCAAUGACGACUGCGAAAACUUUCAUGGGAGCAACACGCUUGGUCGAAGAAAGACUAACUACACAGCCGAUGGAGAGCUGAUGACGUCUGGAUGCCACCACUCACGAUGGCUUUCGUCUCCGAUUCAUUCGAAGCAGUUUGAUUCCAUGCAACAGCAGCAUCUUCCAAGACAACAACAUCAACAACAAAAUGUUGUCGUUUAUGGAACAAGCAGCAAAGUUGCAACACGUGCAUCCUCUGGGCCAUCGUACGCAACGACCCAACCACAUCCAAUCCUCAUGCCUCGACAACAAAUUUUGAAACAACAACAAAAACAACAGCAACAACUACAGGAUCAACCAGCACCACAACAACGGCAGCAGUCACAUCCCAGUGCACUUGGACAACGAAUGACCUCUUUCUCACCUCAACAGUUCUCCCCUGUUUCUAACCAAAGCUCACAAACACAAAAAAAUAUUCUUCCAGUUAAUCAGCUGACACUUUACCAGCAACAUCGUCAGCAACAGCACCAAUCGCAACCACCACAACAGCAACGACAACAACAUUACCAACAACAUCAUCAACCUCAAUUCUCUCAAACUCUGGAUAAACCGACCAGAGUGCUUGGAAGAAACUCAGCCGCCAGGAAGUCCUGCCAUGAGGUGCCGACAGCAACUGAGAUGUCAACCAUCGAUGAACUAGAGGAUCGAACUCGUGAUGAUAAUGAUGGCAGUAUUAUGAAAAGUAAAUCAAUCAAGAGUGCCGGUAGCAUUGGAUGUGACAUCAACAACAACAACAACAACGCCAGCAGCAACAUUUGCAGAACUAUUGACACGGUUGAUGUCUCGACAACCAAGAACAGAGUUUACAGAAAUGACAUUUACAACAAUAACAGCAACACCUUUGCAAACAUCAACAACAACAACAACACCGUUGCAAACGUCAACAACAACGGAAACAUUGAUGGCAACGACAACCGGAAUAACAUGAGUGCAAUCAUUGCACAAGCUAGAGGAGUGUUCAACUGCAAUGGUGGAAUACUGGAUUCAAAGGAGACUGGUGUGAAGCUGGUGAUACCGAAGGGCGCCCUGCCACCUGGUGUGGAUCAAGAGAUCUUCUUCAAGGUAUGCAGAGAUGAAAGGAAAAUGCCCCCAUUAGAUAAAGAAAAAGGUGAAACUCUUCUAAGUCCUCUAGUGAUGUGUGGGCCGCAAGGUUUGCAUUUCCUAGAGCCGAUAGAGAUGUACCUUCCACAUAAUCCAACUGUCGACCCGUCCUCGUGGGCUUUCAACUUGAAAACUACAGACUCUCCAUCCGGUACGGCGUUUUUGAUUUAUUUUCCCAUGACAAUUUAA